AUGGGUAUCAAUCAGAUUCUGGGUGACGCUCAGGAAGCAGUUGCCUUCCCAACAAUGAGCGCGAUCUAUAUCUGGGGUUAUAACCAGCGGGGACAGACUGCCAGGGAGUGCAACGAAGGACGUCUGAGGAUCCCCAAACGACUCUCCCGGGAGCUCUUCAAGUGCCCUCGAGGGGAGAAGCUGCGGUGGCUGGAUAUUGCCUGUGGCCGCGAGCAUACUGCUGCCGUAGCAUCAGAUGGCACGCUGUUCACAUGGGGUUUGUUCUUUUCUGUGCUUCUUUUGAUUUUGGAUAUUUCUUUUCUUGAAGAAGAUUAUAUCAAGAAAUGCCCGAAUGUUAAUUAUUCAACUGAUAGGAGAAUUAAUUGUGGAUUUAAUUGCCAAGAAGUGGCUUCCCCGAUUCCUCUCAUCUGCUGGUGGAUGGUGGAAGUGAGAGGAAGGGGGGGGGUUAGACUCUAUGGGUGUCCCUUUCUACUGUUGUUCUGUACUAAUCCCUUUACAUUCAAGAGUCUCCUCCUUUUGGUCCAAUACACCUUUCUUUUUCAUUUAGUUUUAGUUGAUUUUUUCUUAAUCUUCUGGUACUUUGUGGGCUGCUGAUGUUAGAAAGCCAUCUUUUAAGUCUGCGUAAAUCAAGUAUUAAUAUUUUCAUCAGGAAAUAUUGAAGCUAUUGUUCUUAUGGUCUCAAACAAAACCUUAUUUCUAGGGUUCUGUCAUUUUCGAGAGAACCAAAAUCAUUCCCGUUUUCAUUUUAACCAAUAUCAUUUUUUAGGAUUAUUGAUCCAUGCCAGCUUCUUUCAAGUGGCUUCGUUUCUUAUUUCUGGAGCAUAUAAAAAAGAUUUAUUUAUGAAGCCUUCCCUGCGUUAUAGGCCUGUGUCGUGCUAUAUUCUCUUAAACUUUCAAGACAGAGAUUUCUUCAUAUUCUCUUAAACUUUUUUUCUUGAAUGUUAGUGCAAGACGGAUAAAUUUAACAGCCUUUUAUUCAUUUCCACAGGUGCAAAUGAUUUUGGUCAGCUUGGUGAUGGCACUGAGGAAAACAGGAAACACCCCAAAAAGGUUAAAUCACUGCAAAAUGAGUUUGUCAAAUCUGUAUCUUGUGGUGCACAUUGCACAGCUGCGAUUGCAGAAUCUCGCGAAAAAGAUGGUAACAAAUCUACCAGUAGGCUCUGGAUCUGGGGGCAAAACCAGGUCAAUGUUAUCUUCAUAUCUUACAGGUUUAUUCUUAUCUCAUUUCUGUCCCCUGUAAUGAUUUAUGGAAAGUCCUUGCUUCCUUUUUUUUUUAGGGUUCAAAUUGUCCACGCCUAUUUUGGGGAGCUUUCUCUCCCAGUAUGGUAUGUGGUUUAUGUUUCUUUAUGAUUAUAUGUUGCUUAUUUACUUGUCUACGAGAUAACCUUUACAAGUUGAAACUUCAAAUGUGUUCUAAUUAUUCUUAAAGCCAAUCAGCGUGUGAGAAAAAACGUUGCGUGUUAGAUUGUUUGCGCUGGGCAUGUUAUAACUUUAUACCUGAUACAAUCACCUUCUCUCCUCUCAGACAAAGAAGAAAAAACGAACAAUGUAUUCAAAGAAAACAGAGAAAACAGUGAUGAGACGAGAAUUAGUUCGAGAGAAUUCCUCAUUCUCCCUUUCCUCUCGUGACCUUCUACCACAAUACCCCCUCUUAUUCACAGAGGAGGGUAUUUAUAUUGUUCAGUAUAUUCCUAUCCCAGUGUUUACUACAGAAGCUUCUAGACUAUUGUCUUAUGUCGAACACGUCUUUAGGGGUACUGUCUCAAUACCCUUCUGGUGUUCUGAUUUCCCAUUGUACAAGAUUUUUUUCCUGCCUUUGUGAUAUCAUAAUGUCCAUGAGAUUUAUGAAAUUUAGGGGUUAGUGACGUUUUUAUCUUCUAAUUUUAAUGUAAUAUACCGCAUGGAGGAGCUACAUCUCCAUGGGUCUUUAAUUUUUUAGAAGAUAAUAGAGACUGGAGUUCUUUCUUGCAUACAUCUCCCUUCACAAUUUUGGGGAGAAGUGAGUAGAACUGACUUGAAAUUCUGAAGAUGUAGAUGGUGUCCGAGUCUGGAAUGUGUAUAAAAUCGACCGAAUUCGGUGGUGAUGCAAACCUCCUUUGAUUUUUAACUUAAUAUUUUAAGCCACCUUUUGUCAGCCUUGAGGCUGAGAAGUGACCAUUCCCUGAUGACAUUUCUUUUAGUUUCUGCUACAAAUUCCAGGAUGUAACCAUUAGACGUAAAAAAUAUAUUUGGAGAGACUCCUUUGACAAGACGGCAUCUCCUAGUUAGGACCCCUAACUUUCUAAGAAAUUAAUUUUCAGAGUGGUGAGUACAGGAGAGGGAGGUGGUGACCGUAAGAUGAGGUAAUGGGGAUAAGGCAACUGCUUGAAGAUGGAGGCCGCAGCAGGAGGUUUUAGGUUCUUCUCUCUGUCCCAAUGGGGAGAGAUUGUGGCGAGGAACCGGUGGCAAGUUGAUCUCAGAGUAUGUGGUGAGAACCUAUGCAAGUUGGCCAAAUAUUCUAGUAUCAGCGUGGGGAGACUGACUCCACGCCCCCCUGUUCUUAUUUUUCCUCUUUAACCUAAAUAACGAUGAAUGCGGUUCUAAGAAUCGGAUCUUGUUAGACCUAGUUACAAAAGCUACUCAUCUUUCAUUUGUGAUCGAUACUCUGUUCUUCUCCUCAGUGUCAUGAAUUAAAUUAUCCCCUUGAAGAUGUCGAAUUCCAUGGAAUGACAGAAAUUAAAAAUUAAAUAAAAAAAUUAUCUGGGUUCAACAUGUGGAUAAGGCCGGAGCCAUCUAUAAAUCAAUCAAUGCACUAUAUCCGAUUCCAGUCUCGUGUUUUGUUCUCUAUGAAACUCGAUCUUGUUGUCAUCUUUCUCUUGUUCUGUCGAAACAUGGCAGAAUGUCCGCCAAGUUUCGUGCGGAAAUGCUCACGUGGUGGCACUAUCUGAGGGCGGAUUGCUGCAAGCAUGGGGUAAGUUUUGCCUAAUUUGUUCUCCACCUCAAUUGAUUUUGAGUGUGUAAUUCUUUCUCGGAUAUUAUCAGCUGCUGCUAAUUUAUCCCUUUUCUCAAUGCCCAUAUGCUCUUUUUUUUCUUUUCUUGUUUCCUACACUCUCUGAAAAGGAGUAUCUUACAGAUUAUAGUAUAUCAUUGAAUUGCAUAUUAAUUAGAAUCGUAUUACUUGGUGAUACAUCAGGCUACAAUGAGUAUGGUCAGCUUGGGAGAGGUUUUUCUUGUGAAGGACUGCAGAAGCCUCGCGUUUUAAAUGCCUAUGCUAGGUUUCUUGAUGAAGCCCCUGAGCUCGUGAAGAUAAUCCGAGUUUCGUGUGGGGAGUUCCACACUGCAGCCAUAUCGGAAAUUGGCGAGGUGUAAGUGAUUUACGAGGAUACUAAAAAUAUCUGGAGUUGCAAAAUCUUGCUUGUAGAUGAUGGAUUUCCGCAUGAAACUGGUGACUUAUUUGGGUAAUUUUGUCACCCUAAGACGAUCUGCAUCUAGCUGCCAUGAGGUGUAGACCAGUGAGGGGAGUGCUAGUUUUUUUUUUUUUUUUUUUUUUUGGUUAUUUUUCUUGCUAGAGUGGAAGAAAUUUUUGUUUAUUUUUCUUUUAAAUUACCUUUUGUGGCAGCUUACUCCUUUGAGGGCGGGCUUCUUUGAUUUCAAUCUUCUUCCUGCUUACCAGGUACACCUGGGGGUUAGGGAGUAUGGGUCAGCUUGGCCACUGCUCCCUCCAGUUUGCAGAUAAGGAGCUCCUUCCCAGAAGAGUAGUGGCUCUCGAAGGGAUCAUCGCCAAGGACAUCUCCUGUGGUGGCGUGCACUCGUGCGCUGUGACUUCGAAGGGAGCGCUCUACGCGUGGGGCGGCGGGCAAGCUGGGCAAUUGGGUCUGGGCCCUCAGAACGGGUUCUUCUCAUGCAGCCCCAAUGAAUCUGCCGCCACUCUGCUCCACAACAUCCCGGCCUUGGUCAUCCCAUCGGGCGUGGAGAUCGCCGCUUGUGGGCAUUCCCACACGCUCGUGUCCACCAAGGAUGGGAGGGUCUACGGGUGGGGCUACAAUUCUUAUGGCCAGGCGGCGAAUGGGAAGUCCACCUAUGCCUGGAACCCCUCGCCCAUCGACUGGUAGGUCGCCUUCUAAGCCCCAAACCCAUGAUUUGAUGUGUAGUUCUUCUUCUUCUUCUUCUUCUUCUUCUUCUUCUUAGAUUUGUAGUUCUUGGUCUUGUUCUUGUUCUUUUGAAGGUGUGUAGGAGAUGUGAGGAGGGUGGCGGCUGGGGGAGGCCACUCUGCUGUCUUGACAGAUGCCUUCUCGUUGAAGGACCUGUGUGAAUUCAGGCUUGCAGAGUGUGCGAACGUGUGCAAUUCUCUGCAGAUUGAGGACGUCGCUUACAGAACGGGCUCCGAUGCACUGGUUCGCCUCUGUGAGAAAUUGAGGUAGGCAGGGGCUUUCUGAGAUUAUCUCGCGAUGUUUAUACUCUCUCUCUCUCUCUGUCGCCCUGUGCUGAUUGGGGUUUCUGUUGUUUAUGGCCUCUGCAGGGAGCACUUCCUUGCUGCCGGUGCUCGUGAGGGGAUCGAGGAAGAUGAUGAGAUGACUUGAAGGAAGAUGGUGGGCCUCCUCGCCCUGUAGAAAUUCAUUCCACAGAUCGUCCAUUCAACCAAUCUGUGCUUCAAGCCCCUCAAAAACAAGGGCCUAACAGGUCAUGUGGACGCAUUGCAUUGGGUGUGACAAUUGAUAUCAUCGCAGACCAUGUGAACCCCCUCCCCCUCAGCUAGAGAGAGAGAGAGAGAGAGAGAGAGAGAGACAGACAGACAGACAGACAGACAGAGACAGAGACAGAGAGAUAGAAAGAGAGAUAGAGAGAGACAGAGAUAGAAAGAGAGAGAGAGCCUUAUUGUGGGCACUGUAAUCUCCGCUCUGGUCCACUGUGAUCCUAAUAUUUGGGUUGGCAUAUUUGAUGGGUUGAUGAUCCUAAUAGAAAUAGUUGACGGGUUUCAUCAGCGCAUGGUUCUUCUCUGAAAUCAAUUGCCCACUCAUAAUGACUGGCUUUCAUGAGGAUACGAACGGGAAAAUAGUUACAUUUAGAGAGAUAGAGAGAGAGAGAGAGACCCACAAGCAACGAGCUGCUCAAAUCAACACUGUGACUGUCGUUUCAAACAAUAACAUCCCCCACCCAGUCCUCAGAAGUUCAAAGAAAACGUCUUUAUUCAGACCCCACCCCACCCCACCCUCUCUCUCUCUCUCUCCAUGCUUUUAUUCUAACAAAUAGUUCACACAGCGGCGGCGGCGACGGCGGCGGCGACGGCGGCGGCACAGGACACGUGGGACGAAGCGAGCGCAUAACCAGAUUUACAGGGGCGGCGGGGAGGAUCCGAGAUCAUCAUCCCAUCCAGCCCCCGACGAAUCCUCCGUUGACGUUCUGCGACAGCUCGCCGGGGUUCAGUUGGUCAACGUUCGCCACUGGAUACCUGCGGAAUGGCGGGAGGAAAUAGAAGAAGAAGAAGAAGAAGAAGAAGCAGAUCGAAGAAAAAGAACAAGGAGAAGAACGAGAAGAAGAAGAAGAAGAAGAAGAAGCAGAUCGAAGAAAGAGAACGAGGAGAAGAGAAGAAGAAGAAGAGAAUUAGAGCCGUACCAGCCGAUCUGGAGCGGGCCGUCGAAUCCGAGGGGCUGGAGGAGACCCUCCGUCGGGGGGACGGGUUGGCGGCCGUAGGGGGUGGUGCUCGGGCCGCCGCCGCCGCCGCCGCCGUUGUUGCCCCAGGAAAGCUGCAGGGGAUUCUCCGGGCCCACCUCCUGCAACUGCGAGGAGAAGAGAAGCCGACAAGGGACGAGGUGA